AUGGUCUUCACAGCAGCAACCACCACCCAAAAUGGCGUGCACGAAGCAUUGCAGGCUUCCCCCGGCAAUCCCUUUCGUGUGUAUGUACCCACCACCAACUAUGCCAUGAACUACACCCAUCCCUCGAGCACCUACAAAUCAUCGAAAACGACGUGUUUAGUCGUGCCUGAGCAUGAGCGGAAGGUGUGUGGGGAGACGCGAAACAGGGGCAUUGGAUACGCACGUAGUAGGGCUGUUGCUCAAGCAGGAGCAAAUGUCGUGAUAAUCUACAGCUCUUCCAAGGAUGCCCUGCAGUAG